GCGCGCUGCGUACAUUCAAAAUAGUCAAAUAUAUAAGCGAACAGCGACAACGUCUGGCUCUUAGUGUGAAUGUUUUGUUUUGAGAGAGAACGCGUGCAGAGCGCGCAGUUAAUUAAUUGAUUAAACACGGUUAACCAUAAAAGGAUACUUGUCCAUUUUCGUGCAAAUGCAAUUUGUUAGAUCGACUGACUAAACUAGUUAAAGCAAAACAGCUGUUCGUACUAUAAACAAAUAGUUUAGUUAAUACUCAGUGUCAGCAAAAGAAUCUUACAGCCACGCAUACACAAUAGAGUGCUUGUUUGUCUGUGUUCGUGUUUGUGUAUGUAAAAAAAGGGCGCAACAAAUUACACAGGCAGACGACGACAGGCAAAGGCCAGACUGCAACGCGCAGCGAAACAAAAGGCAGGCAACAAGGAGAAAGAGUGAAAGAGAGAAAUGACUGACGAGUGCAUUACGAGAAACUUUGCCGCUCUCAGCAAUGGAAGCAACGGCAGAGCGAGUUACAAUGCGGAUAGCACUGAUGCCCUGGGCACGGGCACUGAGAGUGGCGGUGCCGGAGUUGCUAGCGUCGCUGCUGCGGUGAAUAAAUAUGUGGCCCGAAUGCCGGUAGAUCGAUAUGCCCGGGAAUAUAAUAUGAAUCACAAACAUCGUGGUCUGGCACUUAUAUUCAAUCAUGAAUUCUUUGACAUCCCCUCGCUGAAAGCGCGCGCCGGCACAAAUGUAGACUGCGACGAGUUAAGCAAAGCCCUAAAGCGCUUGGACUUUGAUGUGUCUGUGCAUAAGGAUUGCAAACUACGCGAUAUACUAAAGCAUAUUGAGAAGGCUGCUUCGCAGGACCAUAGCGACAAUGAUUGCAUUGCUAUUGCCAUAUUAUCCCAUGGCGAACAUGGCUAUAUCUAUGCCAAAGAUGUUCAGUAUAAACUGGAUAAUAUUUGGCAUUAUUUUACCUCGCAUAUCUGCCCCACUCUUGCCGGAAAACCAAAGUUGUUCUUUAUCCAAGCCUGCCAGGGCGAUCGUCUUGAUUCUGGUGUAAUGCUCGAACGUAAUGUCACCGAGACAGAUGGCGAAUCAUCCGCCAGCUAUAAGAUACCCAUACAUGCGGACUUUCUAUUUAGUUACUCUACCAUACCAGGCUACUACUCUUGGCGCAACACUACCAAUGGGUCUUGGUAUAUACAAUCGCUUAUACAGGAGCUGAACGCUAAUGGCAAAAAGUACAAUAUUCUCACUUUGCUAACGUUUGUCAGUCAACGUGUUGCGGUAGACUAUGAAUCGAACGUGCCCGGAACACCUAUGAUGGAUCGCCAGAAGCAAAUACCAUGCGUCACCUCCAUGCUCACUCGCAUACUACGUUUCACCGACAAACCAUCAAGCAGCAAGGCUGGCUAAAAAAUCUAAAUUAACUAAUAACCUAACCACCUCUCUGGCUCCUUUGCCCCCUCAUCAUCAUCAUCAUCAUGUAUUCCAUUUGACUUUAAGUUUUAGUUUUUAAUUUGAAAGUUGUGGCUUAAAUGCUACUUGGAUAGUAGCGCAACAUUUGAGAGCUACUGGGUAGGAACAAAUCCCAGAAUUCAAGACUUCCAUUAUUAUUUUGGCUCAAGACAUACAAAUUUACACCAUCAUAAUAUAUUUUAUAAGCAUAAGCAUUUAU